CUAAGCGUGGUUCCCAUGAGUGCCGCCGUGCCCUCCAACACCUUAUUCAGUGCCAACCAAGUGUUUUCAAAAAGUGGCUGUGGCCAGGGUACAGUCAAGAUGACCCGCUUUGCCAGCCUGCUCUUUUGCCUUCUCGGCAGCCUCCUUUCCAGCUCCUGGGCAGAAGUUUCACAAGCCCAAACAGAGCCCAAGUCUCGCUGUCCCGCAGGCGCUUACUCCUUCAAUGAUGGCCGGGGGUGGUUUUGCUACGAGUUCUAUGAGCAUCUGAUGCUCUUUGAGGAUGCCGAGGCCGUAUGUCAGAACAGGAACGGCGGUCACCUGGCCUCCAUCACGAGCGACACUCAGAUGAGGGAGGUUGGUGGUUACGUGUCUCAGGCAAACCGGGCCAGGAGUGAGGUGUGGAUUGGCCUGCGCCGGAGCCAGAACUCAGACAUGUACCGUGGCUGGCGGUGGACGGAUGGAUCCCAGUUCUCGUACACCAACUGGCUCGGUGGAACCCCCAACAAUAUUGGCGGGCGGCAGAACUGCGUUGUCCUCACCCCUGGAUCAGGGUUUAAGAACUGGGACGAUGCCACCUGCAGCUACGGGAGAACUUUUCUCUGCAAGUGGAGAGCAUCUUAGUCCAGGCGCUCUGGGUAUGCAGGGGAAACUCAGCGCCUACUUGGAAGCAAGUGACACCUGCAAGAGUUCCCUCCUGCACCUUCUGGACAGAGACCUUUCCCCACCUGCACCGUCUCUUCACCAGGGGCCGCCUUGGUCUCCACCUCAGGCAUGCCGAUCCCUUCAGCUCUGCCUGAACGUCACGGGGCUUCCCUUUCCUGCCCUUCUUUGCUUGCCAAUAAAGGUUGCCAGAAGCCUCUGG